AUGUUCACCUAUUACAUUUUUGCAGAAUUCUUCCUAAUUUAUGGCGAUGGACUCAUCCAACGUCCAUGGAUGGGUAAUCUUGACAACAUCUUCAUUGUCUUCAACUCGUUCUGCCUGAGGAAGAAAGAGAUGUUGGCUUGUUCAAGAGAAGAAUUUCAAAUCCAAAUUGAGAAAUUCAAUUGCCUUGUCAACAACGCUUUGGAAUUCAGAAAGACCCAUAAGCAUCCGGGUCUUGAGCUCGUUUUUAUCAAUAAGUUGAAACUUGAGUUCUUCAAAAGACUAGUUGACGGGGAGGAGACACCAGCCUUUGUUCCUUCGACUCCAGAAAGAUCAAACUCAAUCAACGAAAGGUUAGCAAAGCUUUUUGGUCCAAGGGAGGUUCAGAAAAGUCAUCUGCUCAUUGAUGGUGAUUCCUCAGAGAUUUGGAAGUUAGUAGGGAAACCUACAGCUUGCCAGAACCUUGCUAUCGAACGCGCUAAGCAGAUAACGGUUAGAAGGGCAUUUUAUGAAGCUUGCGAUGACGCUGAACAUAGUCAAACCCUUGCCAAGUUGUGCUUCAACACUCGUAGCUUUGGCCUGAGUGUGCUGGAUUUGCCUUCCAACGCCAAACUUCGCAAGAUCAUCAAUACAAAUCGAACCCAAUUAUCAAAGGCUCUUUACAAUUGUCAGAGACAGAAAGUUCAUUAUUUGCCUUUGAUAACGAGCUCUACGGAUAUGACUCUUGGCAAUUGUUCUUACUUGGAUACAUGUCAUAAGCUCAAAAGCUGUCGCUACCUUCAUUACUAUACCUUGCAACCUCAACAACAGGAGAAUGACACAUUGCCUAGCGAACUUGCAGAGCUUGCAAUUGACUACACAAUUGGAGAGCCUGGCGUUGUUCUUCCCGAAUUGCCUCCUCAGUGGAUUAGAUGUGAUGUACGUCUGCUCCCAUUCCCAAUUUUGGGCAAAUUCGCUGCAAUCAUCUCGGACCCCGCUUGGGAUAUCCACAUGUCUCUUCCUUAUGGAACAUGCAAAGAUGCUGAGCUCUUAUCAUUGCCCAUGCAUGAGCUCCAAGAUGAGGGAAUCCUCUUUUUGUGGGUCACUGGCAGAUCUAUCGAGAUAGGUCGUAAGGCCCUCGCUCAAUGGGGAUACACCAUUUCCGAUGAAAUGAUCUGGGUCAAGCUCAACCAACUUAGAAGAACCAUUGUGACAGGCAGAACGGGCCAUUGGUUGAACCAUUCGAAAGAAAACCUUAUUGUUGGGAUAAAAGGCAAUCCGCAGUGGCUAAACAGAAAGAUUGACCUUGACUACAUCGUGAGUGGCACCAGAGAAACCUCUAGAAAGCCAGAUGAGCUUUACGACAUAGUCGAGCGCCUUGUUGGUAAACAUGCUCGGAAACUCGAGAUCUUCGGCCGCGAUCAUAACAUCAGAUCGGGAUGGUUUAGUACGUGUAUUGUGUCAUAUUCAUAUAUCAUCAUACUAACAUACAGCAAUUGGGAACCAGGUAACAGGUACCUCAAUCCACGAGAAAGAAGUCUCUGA